AUAGAAUAAUUAUUAUCAAUAUUUGUAUAAUUAUACGAUUGAACAAUUUAAUCAAAUUUUAAUAAAACUUCGUGUACGCUGGAGGGUUGACGUCAGUACGCGUAAGUAAGUGUUAGUGAUUAGAAUAAAAAUCUUUCUGAGAUUUAACUAUUUAACUUCAUUAUUUACAAAAUAAACGUAACACUUACAAAUUAUUGGAUUAUCUAUGUAGGAAUAACGUGUCAGUAUACUACUCUGUCGAGCAAUUAAAAAACGCAGCAGGUAGCAGCAAGUUUUUCGCACUAGAACUUAUUCACACAUUAUUAGAGAAAGGAGUAAGAAAAAUUCUUACAAAACAUUAUUUAAGAAAAUUAAAUAUUAUUUUUAUGUUUUCGAUGUAUAAUAUAACAAAAAAAAUCAGUAUGUACGAAUAAAAGAAGAAAAAGCAGUAUUUCAAAUUAUAGCUUUAUUCCUUUUUAUGUUAUUGCAGAAACUAAAAGAAACAAGAUAAAUUUUCUUCAAGUGUCAAUAACGUGUCAUAAAUACUAAAAGUAUUUUCUUUUUAUAUAAUAAAUUUUUUUAAACAUACUAGUUUUUGUAACCACAUGGCAAUACUAUCAUAUGUCAAAAAUUUCUGAUGAAGUUAAUUUUAUAUUAUAGCCAUUCAUAUUAUUGAAAAAACUUUUUCUUGAAUAAUAAUAUGAAAAUAAAUAACUCAUAAUAAUAAAAAUCCAAAUAAACUUAUUUACUAAUGAUUAUAUAAUUUUAUAUAUUUAUAUUUAUGAUAUUAACUAAUUUGUCAUUUUAUUAUGAAGAGUAAGAAGAAAUCAUUACGGUAAUUUCAAAGCAAUUCGCAUCAAUUCGUUAUUGCAAACCCAUACCCUUGUAGUAUACAACAUCGUUAUUAUUUCAGCCAAAAUACAAACUUUUCAACGAUUUCGGAAUAUUGAUUGAAAACACGCUUAACAUAAAGGACGCAGCAACAUAAUAUUCGAUAAAAUAAACAGUGUUAUCUUUCACGGAUAACCAGACUUCUUGGAACUACAUUGUCUUCUCCAAUUAAAACCUAUUGAUAAAAUUUACACCUGAAAUAUAUUCUUACUUCACUUGUUUUCUUUCAACGCGAUAAUAUGGAUAAGGUUAAUAUCAAUUGCGGAACAUAGAAAAAUUCACAAAUGAAAUUAUUUCACCCCCUUUCUUUGUUCUUUAUAAUUGUUUCCAAAAUGUUACUAUACGAAACAAAACAAAGAGAUAUAUUACAACUCUUCGAGCACGUACAAUGAAAUCCUGUAUGAGAAAUAUUAAUCCUAUACCGACACGUGAAAGAGAUUUGGCACGAUUUCUUUUCUUUCAGGCUGAUUAAAAUUCGGCAUAUAUCUGGAAAAACAAAAAUAUAUUUCGAACUCCACGUACGAUAUAAUAAUCAAAUUUAAAUAUUUUCCCACGUAAAACCAAACAAAAACAUAUUGAAUGGCUCAGACAUAUCACAGUUGCCUAUAAUUGUUAAUGAAAAUACUAAUGCAUCAGUUAUCAUGAUUGGCAAAAAAGAAAACGAUAUUAUUAAAGAAAUAUUAACAAAAAAAAAAUGUAUGAAUAGUUUUAACUCUCUUGCAAAAAUUAUUAUUUAUAAUGUACAUUAAUUGAAUUAUACAUAAUGUAAUAUAUAAUAUUAAUAUGUAUUAUUACGAUAUACUCAGGGUUAGUUUACAAAUAGAGAUUUGAAUGUAUUAACCUUGAUAGUUUGUAGAAAUGUUAACUAGUAUCUUAGAAACAUUUAAGAUAACGUACUAAUUAUACAGGCUCACUUACGGAUAAAAUCAGCAAAAUUGAUGACAAUGUAACUUUUCCAUUAAAUUUUUUCAUCGCAUUACACUGUUACAUAUAUUUGUUUGGAGUUUACUGUUGAAAUAGCUAUCUCUUAAAAAUGUAGCAAACAAUUAACAGCACAUACAAUUAUUUAAUCAUUCCAGAGUAACUAUCUAAACAUACCUACGAUCAAUAAAGUUAUUCUUUACCAUAUUCCUUUCCUUUUUUCAUUGUUUUUGAUUAUUCCAAUCAUUUUAUCGGAUAGUCAGAUAAAACGAAAAACUUUUUACCGGCGUAGUUAGUAGCGUCAUUAACGAAAUAUUAUUUCAGAAAUCUCGCAAUACGUAACGCUACUCACAAAUAUAUUAUAUAUUGUAGCAAAUAUUGUUAUAUUACAUUUCGACUAAAAUUAAUAAAUCGGUCAACCUCACAUUGCUAUUGAUAAAAAUUGAACCACUUCGAUUAAUUUCAAUUCAAUUAUGGUUUAUAAUAAAUUUAACAAAAUCUUGGGUAAAACGUGCGAAAAUAAUGAAAGCAGAAAUGUAUCAAGUUCUCGUUUGCUAAACCUUAAAAAAAAAACUAAACAAAUGUUUACGAAGAAAGGAAACGUGUAAUACGACGUGAAAACGUAAACAUGAGAAAAUCUACAACCGAACCCCCAUUUCUAUUGAUACUCCAUAAAUGUGCACUGAAUAUUCGCGAAUGAUGAUAAGUAAGAGGAACUCGGAUAUCAUAAAAAAGAGUUAUAUAUAUAUAAACGAAAAAGAAAUGAUUACAUAUUCAAAAACUAUCAUGAGUCUGUGGAACUAGUCAUCAAGAUUUUUAAUCUAUUGUAUAACGUGCCAAAAUAAUCAUCGAAAUAUGUAUGAUUAAAUCCGAAUCUCAAACAUUGUAAAUUAUCAUUAUAAUGUUUCCAUUUGUAUAAUCACUUGGUAAAUUUAAUUAGUUGUGUUUGAACGAGAUCAGUCGAUCGACAGUUGAACAAAAAUAUGAUAUGCUAUUGGCGAAUUAAGCUUAUUUGUGAAAGGAAGAGACAUAACUGAAAUAUUGAGAGUGGGAAUGAAAUGGAGAUAUAACUUGAGUGAGAUAAGUAAUGUAUUUAAAAUUUCCAAAACCAUCUGCGAGAAUGAAAAGUGGGGAUAAAAAUAUUAACAGAAAAAAUGGGAAAGAAGCAAAAUUAGUCAUCAGUAGACCAAGAAAAGAGUACAAAAGGCAGAAGGCGAUAUUAAGUAAACUGACCUCAGUGUACAGAAUAAAGUGCAAAGUGUUAUACCAUUAUAAUAUCUGAAUUAGUAAAAUUCCUAUUAACUAUAAAAGCGAUUUGAAUUUCACUAGACUGCAUCUUACAGAUAGGAUUACAAAAAAUAUCUUACAAUAAUGUUCUGUAUCGCCAUUUCCGAUAAAUCAUAGAAGAGUCGUCCAGCAAACUGAAAGGUGCCUCAGUGUGAUCAUUACGAAUUCGAAAAGUCAGUUUGGCAACAAAAUUUAGCACUAAUUAUUUUAUAUAAUCUAGUAGAUUUCAUUUCGACUAAUUGUUGCAAGUGCAUUCUGAUAUCCAACAAGAGAUAUUAUUAUUAUGAAGAAAAAGAAAUAAAUAAAAAUAUUGUCAUUGGACGUAAAUACGAAAUGCUAAUUCGAAUAUUUGAGAAAUACAUGAAUUGAAAAAAUAAUUAGGGUUAUUUAUGGAUGAAUGAUAAUCUUGUUUGAUUACUCAAGCUUGAUCCUUCGAAUUUAUAAAAGAGAAGGAGAACUAACUAUUAAAAGUUGUAUAUGGUUUCACAGAACGUCCUUGACUGAUCACUUGAGUGUUACAAUAUAUGAACAGUUUCGCUUUGAUCGAAGAGGUAAAAAAGGCCUAGCUAAUUAAAAGUCCAGAUCAAUGAUGACGAACCAUAUGGCAACUGCAGCAGCAGCGAUACAAACGAGUAUGGCUGCACUCGGUAUCGAAAAAUUGAGAAUCAUACCGUUUCUAAUAUCUGUCUUAAUUUAUUUCAAUUAUUAUCUAAUAGACCCAGAAAAUCAACCACAAGUCAUGAAAAAUCUAUUAAAAGAAUACGAUUUCGUAGUGGUCGGUGGUGGUUCAGCUGGUAGCGUUGUUGUUAAUAGAUUAACAGAGAAUUCAGAAUGGAGUGUACUUCUUUUAGAAGCAGGUGGUUUCGAAAACAAGAUUACGGACGUACCGAUUUUCUCUACCUAUUUACAAAAUACCAAAAUAGAUUGGAAAUAUAGGACUGAAAACCAAGAUAGUGCUUGUCAAGCGAUGAAAGAUAAACGUUGUUGUUGGCCCCGUGGAAAGGUAUUAGGAGGUUCAAGCGUACUUAAUUUUAUGAUGUAUAUUCGUGGGAAUCGUCGUGAUUUUGAUCAAUGGGAAAGCUUUGGUAACCCUGGUUGGGGAUACGACGAUGUACUCCCAUACUUUAAAAAGUCACAGAACCAAACAAACCCAUAUCUGGCGCUGAACACCAAAUACCAUAGCACAGGUGGUUAUUUAACUAUUCAAGACUCUCUUUAUAAUACGCUACUGGCUCCAGCAUAUCUUCAAGCUGCAGAAGAGAUGGGUUAUAACAUCGUGGAUACAAAUGGCCAACAACAAACCGGCUUUGCAUUGCCUCAAUAUACAAUGCGCAGGGGUGCUAGAUGUAGUGCAGCCAAGGCAUUCGUACGUCCCAUCAAAUUUCGAAAGAAUUUUCACCUAUCAUUAUGGAGUCAUGUUACGCGUGUUCUCAUAGAUCCAAGUACCAAAAGAGCAUACGGUGUAGAAUUUAUUAGAAAUGGUCAUGUUGAGACCGUAUUUGCAAAAAAAGAAGUUAUACUUUCGGCAGGUGCUAUAAACACCCCUCAAUUAUUGAUGCUGUCUGGAAUCGGUGCUAAGAAUCACCUCGAAGAUCUUGAUAUUCCAGUGAUUCAGAAUUCACCUGGUGUUGGACAGAACCUUCAAGAUCAUAUAUCUAUUUUUGGUCUAUCUUUCCUUAUCGACCACGAGAUCAGCUUUGUUUAUAAUCGUAUAUUAAACAUAAACUCAAUAUUGAAAUAUGAAAUUACCGAAAACGGUCCACUAACUUCGAUUAUUGGUAUCGAUGCAGUAGGCUUUUUAUCCACCAAAUAUGCCAAUCAGACGGACGAUUGGCCCGAUGUAGAGUUAGUAAUUUCCUCUUCCUCGGUUAAUACCAUGGGAGAACUAUUUAAAGAUGCUUUAUGUCUAACGGAUAAUUUUAACAAUGAAAUGUAUGGAGAGAUCAUUAAUCAAGAUAGUUUCAACAUUUUACCAAUGUUGCUCAGACCUAAAUCUCGUGGAUAUAUGAAAUUAAAGUCAAAAAAUCCAUUCGAUUAUCCAUUAAUGUAUCACAAUUAUUUAACGAAUCCUGAUGAUGUAAAUGUUUUACGAGAAGGAGUCAAAGCAGCAAUUAGAUUUGCUGAAACGAGUAGCAUGAAAAGAUUAGGGACAAGAUUUUACAGUAAGCCAUUGGCAAAUUGUAAACAUCUUCCUAUGUUCACGGACGAGUACUGGGAAUGUGCAAUUCGCCAAUUAACCAUGCCAAGUUAUCACAUGAGCUGCACUGCGAAAAUGGGUCCACGAUCUGAUCCAAUGGCGGUCGUAGAUCCCUCUUUAAAAGUAUAUGGAGUAGAAGGACUUCGAGUGAUCGAUGCUUCGAUCAUGCCUACGAUCACUAGUGGAAAUAUCAAUGCACCUGUGAUAAUGAUUGGUGAAAAAGGUUCGGAUCUCAUAAAGAAGGAUUGGAUAUCUAGACGAAAGAGAAGCAAUGAGACUAUCUCAGGUUCUUUCAAUCAAUAUUAGAUAUUUUGGAUAGUCCAUCGAAUGAAAGUAAUUUAUAUAUUUUUCAAAUACGUAGUAUAAAAUAAUUAUGUGUACUAUUAAAAAUUCUAAAAACUUGCUUUUUAAAGAUAUAUAUAUAUAUAUAUCUGUUUGUAUGUGUUAUUAAUUCGUUUACUAUCAAUAAAUGAUGG